AUGUGGAGCACUUUCUUGAGGAACCUAACUCUCAAUGCUACUAAAACUAUUAAAUCUGUACAUACCAUUAACAAUCUUGGCUACUGUGUGGGGAAUGGUGUUAUAAAGCCUGACAUGGAAAGACUCCGGCCUCUUCAAGAAAUACCACCUCCCAUUAGUCAAGGAUCUUUAAAGAGGGCAAUGGGUAUGUUUGCUUACUAUGCUAAAUGGAUACAGAAUUUUUCUGCUAAGAUUCAACCGCUGGCAAGAGUAAAGAAAUUUCCUUUAAAUGAAGAAGCUUUGCAUGUUUUUGAACUAAUCAAACAGGAACUUGAAGGAGCAACACUACACUCUGUGGAUGAAAAUGUGCCUUUUGAGUUCGAAUGUGAUGCCUCUGAAGUAGCAGUCUCGGCAGUACUCAACCAGAGUGGCAGGCCUGUGGCCUUCAUGUCUAGGACUUUACAAGGAAGUAAAGUGCACUAUCACAUCAUAGAAAAGGAGGCAAUGGCUAUCAUGGAAGCUAACCAACGUUCAGUGGCCUUCAUGCUCCAUAACAGGAAACGCACUAAAGUUAAGAAUAAUAAGAUCCAGGGAUGCCAGAAGGAACUCGCAGCCUUCAGUUAUACGGUUUCCACGUCAUCUACCCUCACUGAACUACAUGGGAAUCUGUGCCAUCCAGGAAUGACUUGCUUAUUGCACUUUGUGAGAUCGAAAAAUCUUCCCUUUUCCACUGAGGACAUUAAGAAGGUCUGUGCUUCCUGCAGGAUAUGUGCCAAGUUGAAACUGAGGUUCUACAAACUCCAAGAAGGAACACUCAUCAAGGCGACACAACCAAUGGAGAGAUUAAGCAUUGACUUUAAGGGACCAGUUCUGACGGCCUUAUGCAACCCCUAUUUACUUAUUGUGGUUGAUGAAUAUUCUCGUUUUCCUUACGCUUUUAUGUGUCCCAACAUGAACACAACUACAGUGAUUAAGUGCUUAGAACAAAUAUUCAGCCUGUGUGGGAUGCCUCAGUAUAUACAUUCGGAUCAAGGAACCUCAUUCAUGUCCAGGAAGCUCAAAACCUAUCUCGCUCAGAAGGGAGUUGCAACGAGUCGAACUACCCCUUUCCACCCAAUUGGUAAUGGGCAAGUGGAUCGGCUCAACAGUACUGUAUGUAAAUCACUCCAGCUGGCACUCAGGUCCCAAAAUCUUCCUGAUCAGCACUGGGAGUUAGUACUCACUGACGUGAUACAUUCACUUAGAUCCCGUCUGUCGACAGCAACUAAUGUCACACCCCAUGAACGGUUUUUUGGAUUUCCGCGCCGCUCAUCCUCUGGAGGCUCUCUGCCUUCAUGGCUUAUGUCGUCAGGACCAAUAUUACUGAGGAGGUUUGUCAGAACAAGCAAAAAUGAACCCCUGGUGGAUAAGUUGAGCUAA